GCAUCACCAACCACAAAGAAAGAAUGAGACCCAAUGGGCAUACUGAAGGGGUUCUUCCAGGAGACUGUUUAAAAGCUGGGGCUUAGCACUGAUUCUGUGGAUCUGUGACACAGGUCUGUGGAAUAUGCUAGGGGAAGUAUCCAUGUGAAACUGACAUCAGUGGAGUCACCCUCAGAUAAGCUAAAGCCUGUUGCCAAGAACAAGCAUCAAAACUCAAGAGCCACAGAGGAGCACAUUGCAAGGUGCCAACUGCCCAUUGGUAAUUGAGGGUGCUCAGCACAUCACAGGAGAUGAUCAGCAUCUUGCAAAAUUGGAUCCUUAAUGCCUGAAGUGUCCAGACUGUCUACAAGGCAAUAAAGGAGGUGCUGAGGAUCUGCUGGAGACAGACAUCUGCAGGGAGGUCCAAGGCUUCUGCUCCCAUGUCUCCUGUGAAUAGCUGCUGUCAGACCCAAUAGAGAGCACCACACCCAAACAAAUGAAAAUAAUAAGCAAAGACUCUGGUUUCAGAGUGGCUGUCACAAAACAUAGCAAUCUAUUUGGAGAAAAAAAUGAGCCAGUGAUAAAUGAUCUGCAAGCCCAAACCAUCCCCAGCUAAGGAAGAUUUUGAUUUAAUCACCUUUUUUGAACUAAUUAUUUCUUCUUGAUGUUCAGGAUGAUCUCAGUUAUUUGAGCAGUUACAAGAACCCAGUCAGAAAAGAAUCUGUGACAAACAAGACAGGUAUCAAAAUUACUGCACUAUCUCUGAAAUCAGAGAUAAGGAAAGAAUGCUGAUUGCAAAUUUGCAACAAGGAAGAGGAGAGAGAGAGUUAGUUCUUUUUCUCUCCAGACCUCAGUCCCAUAACAUGAUCCCACAGAAACUAACAGGAGUCAAAUGAGCAUUUCCUUGAAUUCCUUCAGAAAUUGUGACAGCAGCAGCCCUGUACCCUGUAAAGCUCAGGCUCUUGUGAGAAAUCAACAUGCCUGGGGACCAGAUUGCUAGUGAAAGUCAGAGAGGAAAAAUGCAUCCAUGUGCAGUAUGAAAAAAAUUUCAGUGAAUCCAUCAGUUACCUAUAGGGUUGGACAAAGUAGUAAUGAUACAAGGCUAGUUUAGAACAUCAGAGUUUCCUGUGCUGCAAACUGACAACAAGCUGCAAAAGAAGCAAAUAUUGUGGUGUGAAGUAUGCGAGACCUAACAGCUCAGGUAACAAGCAGUCUGCUGCAAUUUCCAGAAGUGACUGUUCAAGCACUUGGAGAAGAUGAGAUAACACUAGAAUCUGUACUUCGUGGGAAGUUUGCUGGAGGGAGAAAUGGGUUGGCUUGCUUGGCCUGUGGGCCUCAGCUUGAGGUAGUAAACUCUAUCACGGGAGAACGGCUGUCUGCAUAUCGUUUUAAUGGAGUAAAUGAACACCCACCCACUGUCCUUGUGGUGAAGGAAUUUUCCUGGCAGAAAAGAACUGGACUACUAGUUGGAUUGGAAGAAGCAGAAGGGAGUGUUCUCUGUCUGUAUGACCUUGGAGUGUCAAGAGUGGUUAAAGCAGUUGUUCUUCCAGGAAGGGUAACUGCUAUUGAACCCAUAAUUAAUCAUGGUGGAGCCCGUGUCAGCACUCAGCAUUUGCACCAGAGUCUGCGAUGGCUUUUUGGUGUGGCAGCUGUGGUUACAGAUGUUGGGCAUAUCCUGCUGAUUGACCUUUGUUUGGAUGAUUUGUCAUGUAGUCAGAAUGAAAUAGAGGCAUCAGACCUAGAAGUGAUCACUGGGAUCCCUGUUGAAAUCCCACAAAUAAGAGAAGCUGUUACCAGAGAGGGGCGACAUCUCUGUUUCCAGUUACUAAGUCCAUCGGGAGCAGCUGUAACAACCUUAUGCUACAUAAGCAGGAGCAAUCAGCUGGUUGUGGGAUUCUCAGAUGGCUAUCUUUCACUGUGGAAUAUGAAAACCUUGAAGAAGGAAUACCACUUUCAGCUAGAAGGAGGGAGGAUACCUGUCUAUGCUGUUACUUUUCAAGAACCUGAAAAUGAUCCCCGCAAUUGCUGUUACUUAUGGGCAGUUCAGUCUACACAAGAAAGUGAAGGAGAUGUUGUGAGUUUGCAUCUGCUGCAGUUAGCCUUUGGUGAUAGAAAACGCUUGGCAUCAGGACAAAUCAUGUAUGAGGGUUUGGAGUACUGUGAAGAAAGGUACAGUCUAGACCUCACAGGUGGAGUCUUUUCAUUAAGAGGGCAGACUAGCAAUACCAAACUACUCAGUUGUCAGACUAUAGAAAAAUUUCGCAGCCAUGUUGACAGAGAGGAUGGCGUGAAUGAAGUAAUAUCUCCUGAUACGAGUGUGUCAGUCUUCAGCUGGCAAGUGAAUACAUACGGCCAGGGCAAACCAUCUACUUACUUGGGCAUAUUUGACAUAAAUCGCUGGUAUCAUGCUCAAAUGCCAGAUUCUUUGAGACCAGGGGAAUUUCUUCAUAAUUGCCCCUAUUUUGCAUUAUGGUCGCUGGAUGCUGUAGUGAGUAUGACUUCUCCACACCACAUCUUGGAUAUUCUGGUACAUGAGCGAAGCUUAAGUCGUGGAGUUCCUCCUUCAUAUCCGCCCCCUGAGCAGUUUUUUAAUCCAAGCACCUACACUUUUGAUGCUACUUGUUUGUUGAACUCUGGAGUUGUUCACAUGACUUGCACUGGGUUUCAGAAGGAGACCUUACAUUUUUUAAAGAAAUCUGGUUCUUUUUUAAAUGAAGCCAUUCCUGAUAACUUCAAUAGAUGUCUUAUCGCUGGCUUGCUGUCUCCGAGACUUAUUGAUGUACAACCUUCUAGUUUGAGUCAGGAGGAGCAGUUAGAAGCUAUAUUAUCUGCUGCUGUCCAAACAAGUUCUUUAGGACUUCUUACUGGCUGCAUCAAACAGUGGACAGCUGAAGAACAACCAAACUCAGCUGCUAACCUGCGCUUUGUUCUCGAGUGGACAUGGAAUAAAGUGAUUUACACAAAAGAUGAGUUUGACCGGAUGUGUGUCCCACUGUUUGAUGGCUCAUGUAACUUCAUUGAUCCACAGACUAUACAGUCUCUUCAGCACUGCCAGUUGCUUCUUAGCAACCUUAGCACAGUCUUGAACUGCUUUCUAACAGAAGCACAAGAGCUCACUGAGAGAGGUUUUACAGAUUUGACAAAUAAGCAGGUUGUAACCAGCCUCAUUUCUCAAUAUGCACAUGUGGUCAUUUGGUUCUGCCGGUCCAGUCUCCUUCCAGAGGGUUUAGAUGAUGAUAUGCAGUUGUCUAGGCCUUUCUACAAUUACCCAGUGAUACAAAGCUACUGUACUGGUCACCGACAGAAACUAGAGCGCUUGUCAAGAGGGAAAUGGAAUGCCGAUUGCUUGAUGAUUGAUGGACUGCUUUCCCAGUUUGGAGAUCAAGUUGAGAAAUUGUGGCGAAGAGAUGAAGGAGGAACUGGGAAAUAUCCCCCUGCUAGCUUGCAUGCGCUGCUUGAUCUUUAUUUGUUACAAAAUAUUGAAGAAACUUACAAACAUGCAAUUACAAUUUAUUUGCUGCUAGAUAUCAUGCAUUCCUUUCCAAACAAAACAGAGACUUCAUUUGACUCUUUCCCAACUGCCUUUGCUAUCCCUUGGGGUCUGGUUAGACUUGUUCAAGGUUUUUGGCUUUUGGAUCACAAUGACUAUGAGAGUUCAUUGGCCCUUUUAUUUCAUCCAGCUACAAUCAAAACAAUGUCGUGGCAACAUAUGAAAAUUAUUCAAGCCUUGAUGUGCCAAGGAGAGCACAGACGAGCCCUCAGAUACAUACAGAUGAUGAAGCCAUCAAUGUCAAGUAGCAGUGAAGUUGCACUUCACCUCACUGUUUUAUUGUAUAAUAGGUGUAUGGUGGAGGCUUGGAGUCUACUGCAGCAGCACUCCACCAGGUUAAAUGUAGAAGAGUUGUUAAAACACAUGUAUGAAAUCUGUCAAGAGAUGGGACUAAUGGAAGAUUUGUUGAAACUACCAUUCACAGAUACUGAACAAGAAUGUUUAGAGAAGUUUUUGCAAACCAGUGCUGGUAUCCAGAAUCAUGAGUUCCUUUUAGUCCACCAUCUACAGCGUGCCAAUUACAUCCCUGCAUUACAGUUGAAUCAGUCACUGAAAGUUAAUCUCAUGAAUGAUCGUGAUCCUCGUUUAAGAGAGAGAUCAGUUGCCAGAAAUUCUAUAUUAGACCAGUAUGGAAAGAUCCUUCCUAGAGUGCAAAGGAAGCUGGCUGUAGAGAGGGCCAAGCCUUACCACUUAUCUUCUUCAAUUCUGAGAGAAGUUUCAAGACCCAAGCCAUUGUCAACUGUGGCAAAACAAACUACUGCAGGGAAUGUGCUUACAAGAGCAACUUUCAUUAAUAAUGUCCUGUCUAAAAUUGGAGAGGUCUGGGUGGGAAAUGAACAGAAAAGUGAUUUCUCACAAUAUAAUAGUCCUAGAACUGAAGAACCACCACCUAUGGCACUGCCUUUCCCUGAUACAGAAUUACCUGAUCCAUUUGUUGGUACUCCAGUUACAAAGUCUUCACAUAAAAGUUCCAGAUUGCUGGAUUUGGUGGUUCGUCCUGUUCCUCUAUGUUCUCCCUCAUCUGAGAGUAAUUGGCAGACACCAUGUAGAGCUUCUACUUCAUGUACUAUAUCCAGCCCAUUACAGUCAAAUUCACGGAGUGCCAUAUUGCACACGAACAUUUCAAGAGCAUCAGAGUUUAAUUUGUUGGAGACUCCUCUUGUGGUUAAGAGAGCUAAAGCUUUGGCCACAUCUUCUGCUGCUUCUGGUUUCCCUGGAAUUACUCUGCAGUCUAUUUUGAGAUCCAGUCUUCGCACCACACCCUUAGCAACUCCUUCUGCAUCUCCAGGAAGAUCAAUUACUCCUCCUCUACGGGCAAAAGAACUCCGAAUUUCAUUCAGGGAAGAGAAUGCAACUUCCAGAUGGACAGCUGAGAUGCUGGGAGAUGAUAAAACAAAACACCUUGUAGCGUCAUCUGAACAUAACCUUGGAGUUCAAAUGGAGGACACUUGGUCUAAGGACAGAGAUAAAAUUCCUCCUUUUACUUUGACCUGUCCUGAGGAGGAUCAUGCAGAAAUGAAUGAGUCCUCAGAAGGUAUAGCAGGAGAUGUCCUGGAGAAAAUGGAAGUCAGCAAAGAAACUAGUAAUUUUUCUGCCAGGUCAGACCAAACUACCUUGGAAUAUCAUGAUGCAAGAUCACCAGACGACCUUGAAGAUGAUGUUAUCUUCAUAACUUCUAAACCAGCAAAUUCUUCCACCAAAGAUGUUGCUAUCAUACAGGAAGAGAUGGAGGAAGAAGGCAGUGAGGUAGUCAAAAGUGAGCCUUUGCAGUUUGAACAACAGACUUCUUCAGAGCUGGAGAAACAAACUGGGGAGGAAAAGGAUGUCACUCAUGUUACUAGCAUUACCAGCCUCUGGGGAGACCAAAGUCAAGCCCAUCUCAACCAGGGUGAUCAACAUUAUGGAGAUGGAAACACAAAAAGGCAUAUUGGAAAGAUCUCUGGAUUUCUGGAAAGGACAGAAAUAGAAUGUCCUACCCUUCCUGAGGAGGGUAUGUUGGUGUUGAAUCACUUAAGCACCUUUCAAGUUGCUGGAGUCUCUACUUGUUCGUCAGCUGGUGAAAGUGAAACGGCCACCAAAGAGUCCAAGAUAUCAUCUUUAUCAGAAGAAAAAGAGCUGCCUCUCUCAAGAUCACAGGCUUUGGAGGCACCAGGAGCAGAUUCUAAAUCUGUGAUCAGUAUCCUUCACAGUGAGGAUAUUCCCAGUACUCAUUCAGAAAACCAGCUUCAAGAGGAAAGGGGUGAGGACCUACAUGAAGAUCAGAAGUCUGAGGAAGCUGCAAUAGAAGAAAAUGUUCUGUUCCUGCAAGAAAAAACAUUUACUUCUAAAAGUCCUCCUGAAACUAAAGAAGUUAACAUUAUUGAAGAUGGCACCCCUGAUGUCCAAGCUUCAGAAGAAACAGCGGAGACAACUCCAUUUAAUGAGCAAUAUCCAUCAGGCACUCUUAAACUUCAAUACAACUUUGAUGCCAUCAAACAGCAGUUCACUUGUGACUUGCCUGACACUAAAGACACCGAUGAAUGUGACACAGCUGAAGGGGACGGAGAGCUUUUCAUGUCUGAAAGCAAUUUUACUUUAAUAUUAGAAGGAGAAGACGGUGAAACUGAGACAGGAGACCCUACAACAUUAGAUAUGUCUACUAAACCAGUUAGCACAAAAACAGAGGAUAAGCAUAUGAAUCAUGUAGGCACUAUUGAUAACCAAGAGAACAUUACAAAUUCAGUGCCCACUGUAACUAGUGAUCAGGACUCUCAGAAUAUUGCAGAGGCAUUCCCAUAUGUGCCUGAACCUGUUAAGGUAGCUCUUGCUGAAAAUUUAUUAGACAUAAUCAAAGACACAAGAAGUAAAGAAUUCACUUCUGAAGUAGUGGAACAGUCCGUUCAUGAAAGUAUACCUUUAAUGAGCAAAAAGGUAACUAUUUCCCAGAAAUCUGUAAAGACUCCACUAACAACUGUGCCAGAAGCAAAUGCAGAUAAUGCCAGUGUUUGUCAAGUAGACCAUGUGGUGACACCUAAGCGUCCAAGGGGACGAAAGCGCAAAAAUCUAAAUAUCCCCUCAACAGAUGCUCAACAGCUGUCAAAUACAGGCAGACCAGAUCUGUUGGGACUGUGUACCCUGAGGAGAAGUGCUAGGCGAACAAAAGAAACUUCUGCGAUUCAUGAAGGUUCUCAUCUUGAUUCUGAUGGAAAUUCUCAAGAUCCGCAAAUGCCUCAGAUCCCUGAUACUCCUAGGAGAGGACCCAGGAAAACUAGGGGGAAUCAUUUAGAAACAUCAGACAAUGUUCAUUCUAUUGGACAGUCAUUACAGAUGGUUGGUACUCCAAGGAGAGGGUUAAGGAGAACCAGGGAACCUGCAUCAGUACUUCCUGAACAGGCUAAUGAGGAAAUUCCUCUUGCUGAAGAAGCAAUUAAGCUACCUGCUACUUCUAAAAGGACUGGUAGAGGAGCAAAAAGUUCAGUAGGGCAUCAAGAAAAUAGCCAGCUUUUCACUGUUCGCAAGGUAAAAAUGGCAGCCAGUCCCAUUAAAAGUGGAAGAAAACUAAAACGUGUUAGUUUACAACUUACUGAAAACAUCAUUACUGAUCUGGAGUCAGAGCCCUAUGAGCAGCAGCUGCCUGUGCCAACUAGACGAGGCAGGAGGAAAAAGACUAGUACAUCAUCAGAAGUUUCAGAAAAUUGUGAGCUUGAUACAUCUAAGCCAUCUCAUCAUCAAAUGGAACUUAAAUCUUCUGUAACUACUAGAAGAAAUGUUAGAAGGAGGAUACUAAAUCUGUCUGCAGGUACAGAUUCUAUACCCACUCAGGAAGCCAUACAUUCAGAGGAGAGAGAGAAAAUGCCUGAUACCCCCAAGAGAAGAGCAACAAGAGUUACACCUGCUAAAGUAGAAAAAACAGGUACUGGAAAAUCCACUCUAGAGAAAACACCUGUUCAGCCAGUUGAGACAUUGCCUACAACCAGGACUUCAGCCAGAGCUGGACAUAGAAACAGAAAGAGGCAACUACAAUCAGUAUCAGAGGAAAGCACAGAGGAAGAAGGCUUACCCCAAGGAACUGAUUGCAAUCCUUCUUUGCUAGUUGCAGACCUAACUGAAUCAAGACUUGAUGAAAUGGAGAGAACUUUAGCAGUUCAUGGUACUCGUAUUACAAGGACCAGAUCCAGCAAAAUUGGCAUGCGUCAGAAGCUCUCCCUAGAGGAAAAUGAGUCCUUCUUUUUUUCUCCCCCUCUCACAAAGCUUACAAAGAAAUCAAAAGCUGAAAAGGCAGAGCAUCCUGUACAGCUCAAGGAUUUCGACCCAGAGUUGUCUUCUCAGUUUGUGUUCUCACCCCCUCUUUUGAGGUCAAGGAGGAAACAUGUAUCCAGUAUUUCACGAAUUGUGAAAGAAUUGGAGUUACCAAUUAAAGAAGAGGAUAACAACUCAGUAGAGUUUGUGGGAAAGCAGAAAGUGAAGAGAAGAAGAACUACAAAAUCAAAAACCCAGAAAGCAAGCAAAACCACGGGGAAAGAAUGUUCUUGGUCACCUCCACCAGUGGAGAUUAAGUUCAUUUCUCCGUUUGGAAGUCCUGUGGGUGGGACAAAAAGCAAACAGAAAGAAACUGCAGAAACAGCAGAAAAGACUCUUCGAAAGAACAAAAAGAGACUGUCUAAUUUUCCAAAGCCAGUUGUGCGCCGGAAGAUGCUAUAACUGUUUUUUAAUUUGUAAUGUACACCACUGUUUGUAAAGUCAUCAAAAUUGUGUGGAUUAUUAAAAACAAAUCAUCUAAUUUGGAAGAUAAUAAUUUAUAUAAAUUAUUGUAAAAUUUCAUAAACGGUCUUCAAUAAGUAACUCCAUAUGGAGUGUGAUUUCUUCAGUCAAUGCAGUUUUUUCUAUUUUAUAUUAAGACUUCUUACAUUUAUAUAUGUAAAUACAGCUUAUUUUAGGAAUGUUAAAUAAAAAUGUAUACUUCACAACAUGCUUAUUGUCUGCUAGCUUUUUGAGAGGGAAUAAUGGUUUGAAUGGACCAAAUUGCUUGAGAACAUCUUAAUGUUGUCUCGCCAUAAUUACUAACCCUCCAGUAUUAGGCCAAAACUCUUUUUUUAACAUUUUGUUUAUUCUUACUAUAAUGAUAAAAAAUUAAAACCUGACAGUUGUUUUAAAUUUUAUAGAAAAUGUUUAACCCUUUGGCACCAAUAAUUGGGAUUGUAGAACACAAGCUGCUAAUUCCUUACAUUCAUGGUUAAAAUGUACUGUAUUGAAGUCAGAAUGUAAACAAUUGUAUUGAACCUGUGCAAUAUUUUUUUUUUUGUAUUUGUUUUAAACUUUGGGAAAGCUGCUCUUGCGUUUAUAAAACUAGAUCACACCUCA